GACAAGUCUGUUCCUAACUGUUUCUGCGUUACUGCACUGUUCGAGUGGUCGAGACGAUUUAGUGUUUUUACAGGUUUUACAUAAACAAAACAUUUUUAAUAACAGACAUGGCGCUCACCGAUGCCGACGUACAGAAACAGAUCAAGCACAUGAUGGCCUUCAUUGAACAAGAGGCCAAUGAGAAAGUUGAAGAGAUUGAUGCUAAGGCGGAGGAAGAGUUCAACAUUGAGAAAGGUCGUCUGGUGCAGACUCAGAGGGUGAAAAUAAUGGAAUACUAUGAAAAGAAGGAAAAGCAGAUUGAACAACAUAAGAAAAUCCAGAUGUCGAACCUGAUGAACCAAGCAAGGCUGAAGGUGCUGAGGGCCCGUGACGACAUGAUCACGGAUUUGUUGAACGAGGCCCGUCAAAGACUUGGAGAGAUUGCAAAGGAUCCUGCUAGGUACUCCACCCUAUUGGAGGGCUUGUUACUUCAGGGAUUCUAUCAACUGCUGGAACCUAAGGUAACCAUUCGCUGCCGACAGCAGGAUGUGGAAAUGGUUCAGACUGCGGUUAUUAAGAACAUUCCUAUCUACAAAGAGGCAGUGAAGAGCAACAUAGAUGUCAGAAUUGACCAGGAACGUUUUCUUCCCUCAGAAAUCUGCGGGGGAGUAGAAGUGUAUAACGAUAAUGGGAAGAUCAAGGUGUCCAACACUUUGGAGAGCAGGCUAGAACUUAUGGCACAUCAGAUGAUGCCUGAAAUCAGAGUGAACUUGUUUGGUGCCAACCCCAACCGCAAGUUCAUGGAUUAACAGUGGAUUUGAAGGGAGCAGCGCGUACACAGAUGGGAUAUUUAAGGUGACCACAGACUAUCAUCAUAGUGGACAAGAGUCUGCACAAUCACCUACCAGUCAUCAGGGUCAAGCAAAAGAUUGAUUUACUUAAUGGGGUGCUAUGGAUCUGUUCAUAUAUCUUUAUAUUUUUGUACUAAUGGACUGAGCAAUAAUUCAACAUUGACUUUUACUUACGUUUAAGUGCCCUCUAUUUUACCUCUCCAUGGAUUCUCUAAUGGACUGCUGCAAAUUGCAAUGGCAUUGCAAAUAUGUAUUUCCCAAGUUGUUUUGGGUAAACAGUCGCUCUUUACUAAUUGAUUAAAAUAAUGAAAGCUACAUGUUGAUACACAUUAUUCCUACACAUAUUUAGUCUGCAUGUUUUGUAGACUACAGCCUUAAUGAGGUUGAUUAUCUGGUAAGUUUGCCAAACAUAACUUUUUUUUUUAACAGUUUGACUAUGUGAGUGUGGGUGGGCAGAGAAAGGAUGUUAACCAUUUUUCUGAAGCACUUAACACACAAAAACCAAAGAAAUAAAUGCGUGUGACACAGAGAAAUCAGCAUG